ACCGGAGCGGAACCCAGGGACGCCGCGUCAUCUCGCUAAGCAACCAAACGUCAAUCCCCACGUGACAUCGACUCUACCCUGCCUCCGCCGCAUCCAACCCCACCCCACCUCCGAUCUACUCCGCCGCCGCGGCGACCCCUCCCCGCUCUCUACCGUCGAGCUCCUUCCGGGCCGCAGGCGAUCCGCCCCCGGAAGGGCUCGUCCGUUCCUUCCCCGAGACCCGAGACCCACCUUUGCCUUCGCUACUCGCUGUCUUCCGGGGCCCAGACGUCAGCCAGAGACAACCCCGAGGUUUAGCUGACCAAGCCCGGCUCCAAUCAAUCCCGGGCGGCGCCGCCGGCGAGAGAGCAAGGGAGAUCUGCCUGCGGCCAGCCAUGGCGGCGGCGGCGGCGGCAUCUGCAUCGGCGGAGAGGGGGGUCGACGUGAAGAAAGAUGGGGAGGAGGAGCAGGUGGUGAACCCAUGGGAGGUGUCGGCGGGAAAGGGCGGCAUCGACUACGACAAGCUGGUGGACCAGUUCGGCUGCCAGCGCCUCGACGCCGCGCUCGUCGACCGCGUCGCGCGCCUCACCGGCCGGCCGCCGCACCGGUUCCUCCGCCGCGGCAUCUUCUUUGCCCACCGGGAUUUGAACGAGAUUCUGAACCUGUACGAGAGGGGGGAGAAGUUCUACCUGUACACGGGGAGGGGGCCCUCGUCGGAGGCGCUGCACCUCGGCCACCUUAUCCCCUUCAUGUUCACCAAAUAUUUGCAGGAUGCUUUCAAGGUGCCUUUAGUGAUACAGCUAACUGAUGACGAGAAGUUCUUGUGGAAGAACUUGACUGUUGAGGAAAGUAAAAGGCUUGCACGUGAAAAUGCGAAAGACAUAAUAGCAUGUGGUUUCGAUGUUGAAAGAACUUUCAUUUUCUCAGAUUUCAGUUUUGUUGGAGGUGCCUUUUAUGAAAACAUGGUUAAAGUUGCCAGAUGUGUGACGUAUAAUAAGGUUGUAGGGAUAUUUGGAUUCAGUCCUGAGGAUCACAUAGGAAAGGUUAGCUUUCCUCCUGUGCAGGCAGUUCCAUCAUUCCCUUCUUCGUUUCCCCAUCUCUUCGCUGUCAAUGACCAACUGCGGUGCCUUAUCCCAUGUGCAAUAGACCAGGAUCCUUAUUUUAGGAUGACUCGUGAUGUUGCUCCAAGAAUUGGUUAUCAGAAACCAUCACUGAUCGAAUCAAGAUUUUUCCCUGCUCUUCAGGGGGAGAACACAAAAAUGUCGGCCAGUGACCCGAACUCUGCGAUAUAUGUGACAGAUACUCGCAAAGAAAUAACAACAAAGGUGAAUAGAUACGCCUUCUCAGGUGGCCAGGACUCGGUAGAGCUCCAUAGAAAACUUGGAGCUAACCUUAAUGUGGAUGUCCCGAUCAAGUACCUAAACUUCUUCCUUGAAGAUGAUGAUGUGCUCGAGCACAUAAAGAAGGAGUAUAAGGAAGGUAGGAUGCUGACAGGUGAAGUGAAGCAACGACUCAUAGAAGUUCUAUAUGAGCUGGUUGCUAGACAUCAAAGGGCCCGAGCUCAAGUGACCGAGGAGAUGGUUGAUGCGUUCAUGGCAGUGAGGCCUCUUCCUAAUAUGUUUGGCUGAGCAUCAUGACAAGAACGGAUGGACAUUUUUGUUCCCUGGGAGAAUUUUUUUAGAAUUAUGGGAUCAGCCUACCCUAGUUCCGUGAUUUAUAUUUUCUGGGUUAAUGUGAACCUGACCACCAUCCUGUGUGGUGGCCGCUUGAUUUUGUAAGAUUAAUGCAUCAUGGUUUCAAAUAAAGUUGUCAAUGUAAAAAUCGAGUGUUCUAUAUUUUGCCGAGUUAGAAAAUUUGAUACUUUUUUCAAGU